CUUCCGGUCGUAAUUGUAGCAACACAAAGACGUGGCAGCUUUUUAACAUUUGAAUUUAAUGGUGAGGUAGAUAGCUCUAUUCCACAUGCUCCCGUUGGGAUAUAGGUAUCUCCGAUUUCGGCCGUUGUUUCUGUCACCUAUACUUGAGUCCGAGGAGGAGACACAACAUCUCCCAGUAAAGUCGGAUUCCUUAAUCGCAGAAAUUAACAACUCAUCAGUAAUUCCUAAAGACUUGUCAACCACAUCAUGGAGCGAGUCGGUUGGCGCUCCGUGUGUGAGUGAAGAUGAUUAUCCGUCGGCCAAGUUAGAGUCAACUGUGAUCGAGGCGUGUUCUGGUCGUAAGUUAGAAGAUGUAGAGGUGCUCAAACAAAAAUACAUCAACAGUGAGAUUCAAGACUUACCAAGAUUUUUAGCCGGAUGUAUACAUCAUGGUAACUGGAGGUCACGGAGAAAUAAUUUGAACCUUGGUUCCCAAGAUAUCAAAACUCAGCUGAACAAACUGAAUCUUAAGCUGGGUGCAAGUCCAAAUAACGCGGAUGGAGAAAGACAUGUCGAAUACAGAUGUAAAAAGUACACUGGUCCUAGAUACAACCCACUGGACAAGCAUAAAUCUGCAGAGGAUAUUCUGUAUGGUGACUUCUGUAACACUGAUGAUUACGAUCCCGAACUGGCUGCACUGUUUGAAAAUUAUAUGGAAGAAUGCGACAGUGUUACGAAGAAACAUUUCAGUGAUUUUCCAUCUCUCAGUGAGAAUGAACAAGAAAAUAUCCUGUCUAAAUGCCAAAAUGACAUGGACUCGGAACACGCCUUUUUGUGUGGAUUUAUUGAAGGCAUGCGACAAACAGAUAAUCAAAACAGAGCUAGGAAAUGCGAGAAAAUCGUACAGGGAUCUGAAUUCGAGGAUAAUGCCGCCAAAUGUAUGGCAGGUUAUAGAGAUCUGAUAUGUAGUAAACAAGAUGUUACACACCUGUCACUACGAGAAUGGGAAAACGUUCGCAGGCUAGAACAAGAACAAAAAGAGAUGAAAAGAAAGAAAAUGAUGAAGAUGAAUUGUGGUAACCGGGGCAAAAAGCUGAGGCGUGUUCGCAACACUAACGACAACACAAAAGUUGUCACGUCAUUAAAAAAAGAUUCCACAGAAAAUGCAGACCGCUAUAGCAACAAAGAACUUAACUCUACAUCGAGUAGAGCCAAACUUACUCCGAGUAUGAAAGAGAAGAGUGUAAAUGUGAACAAGUACAGGGUAGUUGAUACAAACCACCUAACUGAUGAGGACAAGAAAUUGAUUCAGCUUGCAAAGAAGAAAUUGGAGCACAGCGUAUUUUUCACUCAAGCCCUCGAGGAUACUUACGUCAGCAUGAUUAAAGCCCGGCUGUUAACCAGUGGUUACAAGCAAGAUGGCGGCCGGAAAUUCAACAGUGAUUUAGAAGAAAGUAAAACAAAUAUUCCAAAAGUGGAAUUGAAAAGUACGAUCAUUCCAUUUGACUUAGACGGUUGGACAACGAAAAGUAAAGUGUCUUUUGAUCAAGAGGGCGUCCAGGUGUCAUUGUCAGAGGUGCUACAUCCAGUCGAAUCCUUUGAAAAACUCGGAUCGCCAUUGUGGACACCACCGCCACAAUUGCCUACUAUUGGCAAACAGACUCCAGCUUGUGCAAAUGGACCCCCAUCAAAAUCAUCUGACCACGAAAAUAACCUUAGUGGUAAUGAAGAUAAAGUGAGAAAUACCUCCAAACCAAAACAACUUGGAGUCAUGGGUGAUUACAAGAAGGCGGCUAAACUUGUCAAACUAAGACUAACCAAGUCUAAUGACACUGCAGGUGGCAAGGCAUCAACCCUAUUGGACAAAUCGUUUGCGAACGUGCCACUUUCUUAUUGUGCUAACUAUAGUAUCGGCCAGAAUUUGAAAUCCAGCACCAUGCUUACCACAAAUAUCAACCUAUCAGAUAAAUUAGCUCAGAAUCUCAAGGAUUUGAGCAGUAACCCUAAGGCAUCCAUUUCUAGACAUCGGGAGAAUAGCCCAAAGGUAUCUACAGACCAAAGUCAAAAUGUAAAGCCGAAAACUAAAUCCUCUCUUUUUCUGCCACAAAGUGCUAGUUCUUUAGAUGUCGACGGACCUAAAACUCAAAAGGUUAGUUCAGACAGUGCAGGUAGCGUGUCCAAAAACCAUGAUCACUCAAGAAAUGAAUUGGGACAAAUUAUACCGGGACAGCAAGGGCACAUUGUUAUUGAGCACGACUCUGAAUCUGAAUCAUUUCCCAAUAUUUCGGUGACAUCACUCCCUAACAAGAUUCCGCUUGAAAAUAAUAAUAAGCUUACAAAGAUUCAAGAAGAAGAUAAGAAUACCUUUAACAAAGGGGCAGCUGUGCGAGCUGCAACUUGUUCAUCACAUUACAUGUUUAAUAAAGGUGACCCGCAGCUACUUCAGCUUAAAGCAAAGCCCUUACCCCUUCUUCACAAGGUAUGCACUUCAUGUGGAGGUAUUUCGGAAUCUCAAGACGAUACAAAGGGGAAGCAGAAACAGAAGUCGAAGAGAAAGAAAAAUGCCGCCAAAACCAAAGUCGACGAAAAAAUAUGUUGUAAAACAUUGAUAAAGGAUAAGUGGAAACUGGACAAAGGGCGUUCUCACAGUUUGGAAGCGUCUUCAAAGGAUAUUGAAAAGCAUUCAUGGAAACGCGCUCGUGAUAUUUCGCAGAACGAAAGCAUGCCAUCUAAAACGUCAUUGGUGAUUUCGCCGAGAACACAGCAAAAAAGCGAAGAAAUGUCAAUCAAUUUUAUGAACAAGAGUAUAAAAUUUAGAUUUCAGUGUGAUGUCUCUGUAGAAAGUAAUGAGGAUAAUGAGGGGAACAAAACCAACAAGUGGCUAAAUAAUUUAUCUACUCCGUCAGGGAAAGACCGUUUACAGUGUCCUGUCGCUACAGAAACAAGAAUUUAUAAAGACCGUUUAAGGCGCAAUGCAAGCGAUCGAGAGGAAACCACCCCCCAGACACCUGCAUCAUCACCAUAUCUUGAUUACUGCAAGAUAAAAGCAGACAAAAUAGCAAAGAGACAGGAGGCACUCUGCGAAACUACUGAAUUUCUCUCUGAUACUUGUCUCACAAAUGAUGUGUACACGCAAGCUGCAAAGAAAGCCAAACGAUUUCCUGUCAUUCCCAUCAAGAAAAGCAGGGACAGUCCUAGAACGGUCAGAGCUCAACUAUCAAGCAGAAAUUCAGGAUCAUCCAGGCCAAACAGCAACUGCGAUUUAUUAAUAGAGUCAACAAAACCCUCGAGACUCCCGUGCAUGAAAUCGCUUCCAAAUAAUAUACCCAUUGAAAAUGUGAAUAAUAAUGUAUAGCAGAAGCAAUGAAAACAUUUAACUGGAACAGUUCAACAUUUUACUAAAGAAGUUUAACCGGUUAUGAAAAAUAUAUAAGUAGUUUAUUAAUAAAAUUUAUGUUGAAAGUUAUCACUAUUGUUUUUUUUCUGUUAUUAUGA